AUAGCUUUGUGUCUUAGGCCAGAACUGUAAAGGUCAAUGAACAUAAAUAAUUAUAUAGCACGAUGUGUCCAAUAUGUAACCAGCUGUAACCACCACUAUGUUGCGUCUAUAUUCGUUGAUUUUAUUUCUGACAAUGUCAUUUUUAUCAGUGAACAGUGUUACCGUUAGCAAAACCAACGAAACACUCAUAACUGAAACGCUUCUGAACAGCCUUGGACCGCCGACAAGUCGUCCUGUACUCGACCAGAGUACGGUACUCAACGUAUCGAUGUCUUAUGUAUUAACUCAAAUUAUUGAGCUGAAUGAUAUGCUUCAGGAACUGAAAGUCGCUGGCUGGUUUAGUUUGAACUGGCGGGACGAAAAUAUUAACUGGAAUGCGUCUGUAUAUGGCGUCAAUUGUGUUGGUAUUCCCGGAGACAGUAUAUGGAAACCAGAUUUAACUUUAGACAAUAAUGUUGACGAGAAAUACAACCAAUUUCCACCGAAUUCAAUGGUACAAAUUUGUUCAAACGGAAGUGCGACUUUCUCGGCGUAUUCUAUUUUUCGAAGUUCGUGCCAUAUAAGCAUUAGGUCUUUCCCAUACGACGAACAACUCUGCAGCCUACGAUUUUCUUCUUGGAUUCACGAUUUGGGCGAACUAGACAUUCAUCCGCAGCAACACUCUCUUGACCAAGAAGACCAGUUUGACGACAAUGGAAUCUGGAGGCUUAUUCAUGUACAGGGAACACGCGAAGUGGAAGAGUACAAGUCUGGCAUUAACCCGUAUGUGUACGCUGUCAUCUCCAUUCAACUCAUGCGACGUCACCAUUUUCAGUUACUAUUUAUUUUGAUUCCUUACUGUUUCUGCUCUUUCCUUAUCUGUUUGAUGUUCUUCGUCCCUACUCAGAGUGGAGAGAAACUAUCAUACGGAAUGACAGCUGUACUGGGAAUGAUCGUCUUUCAAGAUUUUGUAACGUUUUCGCUGCCACCUAUUGGAAACGAAUCUACGAUUAUUGGGAAGUACAUCGUCUCAGUGAUUGGUCUUGGGUACGUAUCGUUGCUUGUGGAAAUCAUGGUUACUAACAUACAUAUGCAAGGCAAUGUGUACAAAACAGGCGUGUAUUUACAAACCUGGUAUCGAAUUAAAAUGGCCGAAUUCUCACCGAAACAACCAAGCAGCGGCAAUCAGACGGAGGAACCACAACCAACGCAAGACGGCACAGCAACAGCGCAAACAGAGACCGAAUAUGUCAUUCAAUUACAACAUAAUUGUGCUGUUUUUGAUUUCUACUUUGGAAUUUUGUGUGUUGCCUUGUUAUUCAUGCUCCUGAUCUGGUUUUAUACUGUAAUCUGAAAUCGAUAGUACUCUUUAUUUUGUUAAUAUAUCACUAAUUGCAUGUCAAAUAAUAAAUAGUUUUUGAUAAACCUGUUA